AUGGUCAGUAAAAGUUGCUCCGGUGACCCGAAUGGGUCGUGUCUCCAUUCCGUGCCAGCGGUAUCAAUACGAUCGGCCAGAUGGCCUAUCAGUGAUCAGUGCGGACCCACAAACAACGAGACCCUUGAACUGCGCUUGAAUGUUGCGGGCGAAAUUGCACGCGCAGCCUGGAUAGCGGAAUUCGUCAUACCAGUAAUUUGGUGCAGCGGAUGGCUUAUCCAGGCUCAGGCAAAUCCGUCUAGAGCUGCUGCUCCUUUGAACGCAGCGUAUACAAAGAUGCAAUACGUGUUCAAUCCAGUGCUACGCACCUCAAGCAUCAGCACAGACAUGACUUACGAUUCUGAGGAAGCGCAUCAGAUCGUCGAAGGCCAUCGUUCCACAGAAAGGGAAAACGAUACGUCGAAGGACAGACGAGUCACAGCGGGCUGCUAUCAGAUGCUGGACUCGAUUGAACCGGUUGGGACUCCCUCUGUCCAAGCGAACUCCAGUAUAGGCAUGCGUGAGAAGUUGACUCAGCGUCUGGACAUCCAGAACAGCGGGAUACUCGCCCAAGGAGCUGUCUUACCGUCCUUGCCUUGGGCAUGGACGGCAACGACAGCGGCCCAGAAAUGGACGUCUGGCUGA